AUGGCUGAAAAUUCUUCGCCGUCAUAUUUGUCAUUCCGAUCGGAGGAAACUUCUUCAAUAUUAUCGAUUAAAUUUAUCAAAUCAUCAACGACAUUCAUAUUAUUAUUAUUAUUCGUAUUGUAUUUAUUCGGAGUAGUAUUGGCAUUCAUGGGAUUCUUUCCGAUGGGAGGCACCCAACAACGAGGAGAUCUUGGCCAAGAAGCUACAUCUAGACUUGAAUUCAUAACACAACGAUUAACAAAUUCUAUUCAAAAAAUGGAUGCUGAAAAUGAACAGUGGUUCAAAGAAAUGAUGAGCCACAAUCAACAUGACGAAAUUCUAAAUGGAAAUGUACAAAAAAUUGUAUUUAUUAUUAUUGACGCUUUAGGAGCAAGCCGAUUUGAGAAUAUUUUGAAAAUAGAUAAUAUUUUGAAUUCGAUUAAGGAUCGUCGAGAAGACUUUUUGUGGUUUACAAGUUAUGCUCAUGCUCCAACUGUGACACUGCCUAAAUUGAGAGCUCUAGUGAAUGGACAAAUGUCAAAUUUCGUAGAUGUGGUCAUGAAUGUAGUCACGGAGGACCAUCAUGAAGUUGAGCAUUCUCAUUCCAUGGAUGAUUUGAGUUAUGCUGCUCGCUUGAAAUCAGCGCCAACAGAAAGCAAAAAAGAAAUUAAGAAACAACUCGUCAAUAGUAGUGGAAUGCUGUACAAUUUGAAAAAAUUUAAGAAUUGGAGAAUGGUUUUGCAUGGCGAUGAAACUUGGUUUCGACUGGUUGGUCAAUCUGAAAGUCGAAUGUUUGAAGGUAGGAGCGACCCAACUCAUUCUCUCUACGUCACCGAUACUGUAAUUGUUGACGAUAAUGUCACUCGACAUGUGCAAGAAGAGAUGCAACACUUGCAAAAUUGGGAUUUACUAAUACUUCACUUUUUAGGUCUCGAUCAUUUGGGUCACAUUCAUGCAAAAGAGGAAGAGUUUCAUGCAAAGAUGAAAUACUACGAUGAUAAUGUAUUUGAACCAAUUUUAUCUAGUGUAAACUUGAGCGAAACACUCUUUGUACUUGCUAGUGAUCAUGGCAUGACCAAUGAUGGAGGACAUGGAGGUAGUACUCCGCUUGAAACCAAUGCUAUUCUUGGAUUUGUUCAUUCAGCCUUGUCAAAAAUGAUGCCGGACGACUUCAAUACCCAGAGUUCGAGCUCAUACAAGUAUGGAGGAAUGGUCAAUCAAAUUGAUUUUUCACCUACAAUUUCCGUGUUAACCAAUAUUCCAAUACCUGAAUUGAGUGUUGGAAAGUUAAUUCUGGAUGUCGUGCGACCGUUUGGAGAUGUAUUCACCCUUAAAGCGAUUAUUAAGAAUGCAGCACAGCUCAUGACACUCAUGUCCGAAAAAGAUUACAACAACUUUUUGAGCAAGUGGGAUUCGCUGUUUGUGACACCACAUUCAGACAUGCAACGAAUGAUUGAGCAAUGUCAUCAAGUACUCACAGACAUGAGUCAACACCUCAUUCAUCAGAGUGGAAACGUACAUUACUCCAUUGCAUAUGCAAGUCUACUUUAUUUAUCAAUUAUUAUGCUAAUUAUUGGCCAUUACCUAUUGUCUCAUUAUUCAAAGCAAACUUCUUUUAGAAAAAUUACAACGAUGGAUUAUAUUUUAAUUGCGUUUUUCAUAUUGCACUUGAUAAGCUACACCUCGAGUAGCUUAAUUGAAGAAGAGCAUCAAAUAUGGUACUAUUUUUCAGUGACAUCACUAUUAAUGCUAUUUUUUGCAGUAGACAACAACUGGCUACUCGUAAUCAUGCUUGUAUUGGAUCGAAUCACACGCGACUAUUACAUUAGUGGAAUCAAGAAUAGUGAGUUUUUACAGGCUCCAGUCUCCCAUAGAAAUUUUAUCGAGUUAUUGUCUAUCAGCUUCACCAUCGUACUACUGACUGCAUAUUCAUGGAAACAAACAACCAAAUUGAACAUUUUCACAAAGAUCACACUUUUUGGAAUCAAUCUCCUACUAUGGCUCUAUACAUUGGAUUUCAAAAUUUUGGGAUUAUUCCACGUAUCAGACACGGUGAACAUUGUUGUAAUUUAUGUAGCAUCCACUCUGUAUGCAUUUUUCCUACUCAUCUCUACGGAGACAAGAUCAACACUAGCCAUGUCAACAUUUGCUCAUCUGUGGUUUUUAAAUGAGCAUUCUUGCACGUAUCCUCUUAUGGCCAUUUCAGUCGUACAAGCCAUCUUGUUACCUUCUGUAUUAGUACCGUCAACUCAACCAUUAUUGAAUUCACACCCCUCAAAAACUAGGUUCUCAAAGAAGAAGAAUACCACAAUUCGUCAUGACGAACUGAGUACACUCAGUAAGCAACUCAUUUGUCAACUAUUUUCAUAUUCCUACUAUUUCAAAUUUGGAAGAAGCAUUUCAGUUUCAAAUAUUGAUUUUUCUAUAGCUUAUCAAGGAUUAACAUUCUAUCAUCCACUCAUUACUGGAUUUUCACUCUUUAUCAAGAUCUUUGGAGCACGAAUACUUUUUGAAAUGUUUCCAAUAUUGACAACUUGUAGAGGUGACAACGAUUCUCGACAAGAUCAACAUGAUUCAAACGAAAAUGCAGAUUCUACCAAAAAGAUCAACAGCACACCAAAUAAUUCUUUCAACAACCGAACUCACAUUCUCUCUCUUAAUUUAUUCAUUCGAGUGAUACGUGUAUUCAUGAGUGCACUCAUUCUUCUUUUCAUGCAAAAUCAUUUAUUUAUUUGGAGUGUUUUUUCACCAAAAUUCCUACUCGAUACCACCCUAGAAACGUUAUAUCAUUUCAUUGUCUUUUUUGCUCUUUUCAUUGCUUUGAAAUAA